GGCCAAGGCGAAGUCGAAAUUAGUGCAACCGCAGAGCAGGGCCAGAGCGGAUCUCCAAUGAAACCUCCACCAUCCGAGAUGCACUUCAUCUAUCUCACGCUGGGAUUGGGGCUGAUCGCCACUGCCCUCCAGGCGGCCAUUCUCCCGCUGAUCGUGAUCAAAAACGGCGUUGAAUCGAAUCAGGCAUUGCCCUCGGAUACGGAGAAAUUUGGAUAUCUGGAGGUCAAGCCCAAUGGUUCACUUAUCCUUAGAAGGCCUCCCAAUCAGAGUGGCAGUGAUCUACAGAACCUACUAAUGCUUCGCGGAGUUCUUCAGGCCCUUAAGCUCAAUCCCUCGAAGAUUUCCGAGAAUGCUGGCGAAACCAGAUUGGACUUUAAGAUCUAUGGAGAUGGAGUGGAGCACAAGUUUCCCCCGAUAUUGGAGAAUAUCAUACAACGCAUUCAAACGUACUUUUCGGUUUAUCGAUACACGGAUACCAGUAAGCCACUACAGCGAAUUGAACUCACCACCAAACCGGCGGAGGAAUCUCUGGACUCAACUACUUUAAAAGCGGAGGAGGAAGACGAACUGAUUGUCGUAGGAGAUCAGGAUGCCUACAUUACAGUUGGAGAUGAUGCGGACUAAUCUCAGCCGUAUUCGUCGCCCUAUUUAUUGCAUAUUUAUUCCCAUAGCUAUGUAAGUUAAUAAAAGUGCCGUACCCAAAA